AUGACUUCCAAGGUUCCAUUUCAGCUGUUUGGUCCCUAUGCUGACCGUAAUCGGUGGGAAGUCCUCAAUGGGCCCGGUGACUCGCGGGUGACAGGAUACCAAAUCAUCCAGGACGAAGGCCUUGUGAACAAAUGGAAUGACAAGGUCAUUUUGAUCACUGGUGUUUCAUCUGGCAUUGGUGCAGAGACAGUUCGUGUUCUGGCCCAAACUGGAGCUACGGUGUAUGGCACCGUCAGAAACAUGGAUAAAGCGAGGGAGGCUUUGGGCGAUCUCCUCGAUGCUGGCCGCGUCAAGCUUCUCUUUAUGGACCAGACAGAUCUAUCCAGUGUGCGUGCAUGCGCGCGAGAAUUUCUUGGACAAAGCGUAAAGCUAAAUAUCAUGAUCAACAACGCGGCUGUCAUGAACACCCCGGAAAGUCGCACCAAGGACGGUUUCGAGCUCCACCUGGGAACAAACCAUCUCUCCCAUUUCUUGCUAUUCAAUUUGUUAAAAGACACGCUCAUCGCAACGGCGCGCUCCACGCCCGGCUUCGAUUCACGCGUCAUCAACGUAUCCUCGGUAGCCCACCGUUUCAGCAGUGUCCCCUUCGACAAUCUUCACUUCGAGGGGAACUACGACGGCUGGCUGGCCUACGGGGCCAGCAAAACGGCAAACAUCUGGAUGGCGACCCAAAUCGAGCGCUUGUACGGAGAAGAAGGGCUGCAUGGCUACAGUCUGCAUCCGGGAUCAUUCAUGAGUCCCAAUCUCCAAAAGCACUCCCAGCAAGAGGUGGAUGGAAUGCUGCAGGACGAACGUGGUCGAAAGUACUUGUGCAGCCUGGAACAAGGAUGCGCGACGACCAUUUUUGGUGCCGUGUCGAGCACACUUGAAGGCAAGGGUGGACUGUAUCUCGAAGGAGCAUCGGUGGUGAUCCGGCCUGCUCCUUCGGACGCAGAUCCACUUGAAUUUGGAUACAGCACUUUCGCGUUUGAUGAGGCAAAUGAGGAAAGACUGUGGAAUCUCAGCAAGGGCUUUGUGGGAAUCGAAUGA